AUGUCAGGUCAGAGUUAUAGUUGGGCUUAUGGUCCUCUCAAAAUUAAGGGUGAAAUUAACCCUCAGUCAGCUGAAAUUUCAGCUGAAUAUUCUGUUGUCGAAAACUCCUCUGAAGACAAGAUUAUUGGGGAAAAGUCUACCUCGCUUCUUAGUGGUGAGCCAUUCGUUUACUCCGGGGAGGCAGCCCAUGUUGAAGGAGACGUCUAUGAUACAGCCCUGGCUAGUAUUGAGAAAAUUGGCGAUCUUUAA